AUGGUUGAUGACCCUCAGUCUCUCCUCUCAUCGCCCCAUCGCCGCAUCAUGAUCUCAGGUCCCUCUCUUCCCGCUGAUUCAAAGGACUCCAUACCUCCGCUUCCUACCAAUUCAGAGGAAUCACAGGCUCAUUCGAUUCCUGCCAAUUCAAGCUUACGUCCUUCUCUCAAACGGGAUCGGGUUUUCUAUCUCGAGACUGUGGUUUUUCAAGUCGAGAAUAUCCUCUUUAGAGUUCCUAAAUGCAUGCUCCCGGACGAUGAGGGAGCCUUCGCUGAUAUGUUUCUGGUACCUCAAGGAGGAAAGGAGAAGGAAGGGUUGAGUGACGAUAAUCCCAUAGUCCUCCCCAGUCAGGUCACCAUAUUUGGCUUUAGGUGCUUUCUGAAAGUCACUUACCCUCAGCUACCAGGCGGAUCUGAAGUUUUGAGUACAGACGAGUGGAUGGCCGUGCUCGAACUGGCUGAUAUGUGGCAGGUGCCAAAGAUGCGGAUGAAGGCGAUUAAUGCUAUGGAAAAGAAUGUUCAGAACUCCGGUGCAGUGGAAAUGAUCCUCCUGGCCAGGAAGUACCGUAUUUCCAGUUGGUUGAUCAAGGGGUAUGGUAUGCUGGCACGACGUCCAGACCCAAUCACAUCGGACGAGAGGGAACGUCUGAGCCUAGACACCUUUAUGCGGCUAGUUGGAGUGCGUGAGAAGGGCUGGAAGUAUGCGGUAUAUGGGACUGGUGAUCGAAACUCUUCUCGCUCUUACUCUGCAUCAAGUCAGCAUGCCGAGUUCAACUUCGAUAGCGAGGUCCGGGCGGUCUUCAAAGAUGAGUUGAUGAAGGACGAAGAGUAUCGUAUCGCCCAUAGGAAUUAA